AUGGAGGCCGGCGAGGACGCCCGGGCGGCGCGCGGCGAGGGCCCGCGGCGGCUGGGGCUCUGCGUGCUCUGCGGCCUGCCCGCCGCCGGCAAGUCCACCCUCGCGCGGGCCCUCAGCCACCAGCUGCGGCGCGAGCGGCGCUGGGCCGUCGGCGUCGUCGCCUACGAUGACGUCAUGCCGGACGCGUUCCCGGAGGAGGCGGCCGCGGGGCCAUUGGAAGGGAAGCAGUGCGUCAGGGCACACCGGCCGCUGCCGCCCCGCUGGAAGGCGCUCCGCCGGGAGCUGCUCACGUGCCUGGAAGGCUUCCUGCGGGCGCUGCUGCUCCGGGGCCCGCUGUCGGCGCCGCCCGGGGGCACGGAGGCCCUGUGGGAGGCCUUCACCGCCUGCCUGCGGGCUCAGGGCCUGCUGCGUCCCGCUCCCGCCCCCGAGGGCCCGGCCCGCCACCUGCCCACCCCGCCCGCGGAGGGCCCUCUGCUGCUGGUCCUGGACGACAACUUCUAUUACCGGAGCAUGAGGCACGAGGUCUACCAGCUGGCGCGCAGGUACUCGCUGGGGUUCUGCCAGCUCUUCCUGGAUUGCCCCCUGGAGACCUGCUUACAGAGGAAUGGCCGGCGGCCCGGGGCGCUGCCCCCCGAGACCAUCCGCCUGAUGCGGAGGAGGAUGGAGGAGCCCAACCCCCAGAAAAACGCCUGGGAGCACAACAGCCUCACGGUGCGCAGCUCCGCGGGCUCGGCCGAGGCCAGCCCCGAGCUGACCGGCCUGCUGCUUGCUGCCCUGGAAAACCCGGUGACCUGCGUGGAGGACAGUGCGGAACAGAAGGAAGCAGACAGAGCUGUGUGCUCCGCCAGCACGCUGCACCGGGCUGACCAGGCGCUGCGAAGGAUCGUCUCCCAGACCAUGAAGGAAGCCAAAGAUGCGCGCCUGCGGCCUCCCGACCUGAAGCUCCUGGCAGAGGCGCUGAACCAGCUCCGAGCAGAGCUGCUGCGGGACCUGAGGCUCGGGGGCAAGGCACCCCCGUGCUCGCAGGCCCUGGGCAUCCCCGACGUGGUUGCUCUUUUUCAUGAGGAGAAAGACAGCCUCGUGCACAAGUACCUUUCAGAGCAGCAUUAAGACUCUCCAUUUCCAAUCAGAGGUCUGAUUGUGGUCAAGAUUUCGCAAGCUGAUGACCAUUUUGCAUUACUGCAUCUUCUCUAGGCCAAUGACAGGAGUUGCCAGACUUAUUGUUGACAAAAAUUAGAUCCAUUUGUCGGAACAGAAAUGACUGGCCAUCCACCUGUCACGUGUGACGUGGAUAACAGUCUCAGAGGCUGCCUCCCUCAUUGAUGUGCUGGGACCCGCAGGGCUGGGUGGGGCGGGAGGCACCCUGACAGGAUCUUUAAUAAAUCGAAGAAACUGGGAAGGAGACAAAUGUGGAUGUGUGGAGCUUUUGUUUGUAAGUCAUGUGACAGAUCUACUCACGGGUAAGGCAUUCGACAAAUCCCAACUAAUGUAGCCAGAGGCCUUGUGCUUUAAUUAACAUUUUAAGUACUGGAAAAUUACUAAAAUGUUCAUUGGAUCCUAGUUCUCAGAAAAGAAAAAUCGAAAUCAUGAGGAAGAGUUAGUUUUUAUUCAGAUGUUACAGAGGCAGAGCUUCUUGCACAACAGGAGCCGUACACCGGGCACGGGUGUCAGCGUGGACCUCGCUCUGCACUCCCUAGACAAGUGUGUGCCUUCAGACUCAUUGUGUUUUGCAUACAAAGUAUGUUCUUUACAUCAAGUACACGCUAACAAAAACACGUUCUGGAAAUCAUGUGCCCUUUAACACUAUUUAAUGAGAAAAUCCUUAGUAGGGAAUUUUUAAAAAUAAUACAGCCAUUUGGUAAAUAUUUUUGCAGAACUUAAAAUGAGGUUUCUCUGAACAUAUAUUUAGCAAUAUUCCCUUUUCAAACAUUCUGCAGAUGAACGGCGAAGACCUUUUUCCAAACGAAAAGGCAGGAAAAUCGCCGGUGGGAUUUUUUCAAAGCAGAAGUCUAGCCUUGACUUGAAUUUCAGGAAGUUGUAGCUCACACUCCGUUAGUGAGAUCCGUUAUUCCAUAUCAAUCCCUUCCGUUUCUUAAAAAAAUACUAGUGGAGACAAAUUAUCUACCAACUUUAAAAAUCUAAACUUAUGUUCGCUGAAAAUAAAUUUAGUUUCAGAACAUUGCCUGUUAACAGCAAAAUACUAUAAAUAUUGCAUGUUAAACUUUCCCCAACACCUCAUUUCUAUAAAACGGGAUUAAAUAUAAAAUGGGAUAAAUAUACUCAAUACUUAGUGGAAGAUACAUUUAACACACAGAUUGAAGUGAAACCCUAAAUCUUUUAAAAAACAGAACACUGAAGAGCAGCUAAGGCAGAUUUGCUUCAAGGACUUGCGUGUGUUGAGAAGUAACUGGCUUCCAAGCAUCACGCCUUUGGAACAGCAACUGCGCAGAGUCUCAGGGAAAUCAGUCACACAUUCGAGUUUGCAAUUAUGAAAAAAAAGUCUACAUUGAAAGCAAAACGCACCUUCAAAACACCUAUCCUUCGUUGUCAGAAAAAAUAUAGUUGUCACUCUCUGGCCCAGAAUGCAGUUAAUAAACUGGUUUUAACAA